ACACCUAUGCUGCUCUCUGCAAGUUUACACCGUCGUAAUCUUCCUGAUCCCGACCUCCGUCUGCUUCGUGGGACUGAUCCACGCCCCUCAGCAGCUGAGCUCUGGUCUCGGCACUCGAGCUUCCCUUCCGUGCCCAUCCUCGCGCAGGGGAUGUCUGCUUGAUCCGGAGCCAUGUCCCGGUACCUGAAGCACUUCACGGUGGUGGGGGAUGACCCCAUACAGUGGAGCAAUGAUUAUCAGAAAUGGGAGAAUGAGGAGGAGGACAAUGGAGAGAAGGACUCGGAGAUCAAACUGGAGCCCUCCCGUGGCCACGUCACCUUCCAAGAUGUGAUGAAGAAGCUCUUCAGUUCACGCAGGUUUCAGAUUGUCAUUGUCUUCUUGGUCAUCGUGGAUGCCUUGCUGGUCCUCGGGGAACUGCUGAUGGACUUGAAGAUCAUCCAUCCAGACAAAUAUCACAUAGCCCCAAAGGUUUUCCACUAUCUCUCCCUUUCCAUUCUCACCAUCUUCCUGGUUGAGGUGGGGUUUAAAAUCUUUGUUUACGGCCGGGAGUUCUUCCACCACAAGUUUGAAGUGCUGGACAGCAUCGUUGUCGUCGUGUCGUUCAUCCUUGACCUCGUCCUCCUCUUUCGGGAGCACGAGUUUGAAGCUGUGGGGCUCCUGAUUCUGCUGCGGCUGUGGCGUGUGGCCAGGAUCAUCAACGGAAUAAUUUUAUCGGUGAAGACUCGCUCUGAACAAGAAGUGUCCAAGCUAAAGCAGGUGAACCUGAAACUCGCAACGAAGGUUGAACAACUUCAACACAGCUGUGUGGAGAAGGAGCAAGAAAUUGAGAGGCUUACCAGGAUGUUAAAACAGCACGGGCUCCUCAGCGAGCAAACGUAGGAGGCCAGUUUUCCAAGGUGGGGAAGUCUGCCCAUGGCAAGUGCAGUGUUGAAACGUAUCAGACUGACCCGAAAGGUUUUCCUCUCUGCCUGCUUUCUUUGGUAUAGUGCUGUCUGUAAAUGUUUUCUAUUUGACCACACUUUGAUUAGAUCUUGGGAUUGCAAAAAUAGCUUUGCUGGAAAAUUAAACGUGUACUCCCUGUGAACAGUGACUCCAUAAGACCCUCGUACAGUUGUACAGACAAAACUGCAAAAUAAUUUAAUAAAGACACAACUUUACAAGCUGUACAUUCAGGAAGUACCACCCAUUUCAAGGAAUGAUGUUUUUCAGCGAUAAGGUUCUUUGUUUGCAACACCUUGUAGAAACUUGCUGUUGCAGAGAUAAGAGUUCAGGCUGGAGAGCUCACUUCUCUCACAGCUGACCGUUCAUCACUACUACAUCUCUUCUUUGAUAGCUGUUCUUCUCAUAUUGCUGGUUGAUUCCUUUUCUGUUGCUGCUUGUGCCACUUUGUUAUUUAUGUAAUGUUCACUUCCAAAAAUACCAAAUUCCGACUUCUUUAGUUGACAAUCAAAUGAGCACCAAAAUAGAGGCAAACACAUGCCAUCUCAUGUCAAACAAUGCUUGAUUCUCAACAGCAGAUCUGAGUUCUGAUACUGUAUUCUCUCAUGUCUUCUUCCAUUUAAGUGUUCAUUUGCAGCCUGCUGGGCUACCGAGUCAUCUGCUUCCACAGCUCUUAAAUCAACACAUUAAAAGAAUCAGAAUAUGUAAGACAAGAUGUAGGUGAGUGGACUGCUGGGAACAGCUAGACUCCAGGAAAAAUAAAUAAAUAAAUUAGGAAGCAUAUUCUAAAGGACUAGGUUGGUGUUUGAAUACAGUGUGAACUUGUUCAGGUACCAGCAGUCCUGGGGUGUUUUAUAGUUAAAGUGUGUGACUUGAGGAAUAGGAAUUUCAAAAGGUGUUGACUGCAGCAGGCUUCUCCAAUUGAUUUCAGCUGCAGCCAGCUGGAGGGUCACUGAGCUCUUCUGAAAGCAUUGCUUCACUGUUUACAUUUUUUUUAAAAGAAAUGUAAUUAAUUAGUGGUUUGGGGAAAAUAGCUAGAAAUACGUAGCUCAUUCAUCUAUAGAAAUGGAUAAAAGUGGAGGCCUUAUCUAAUGCCACGAUUACUUUAAUUAACAAUUAGCUCUGCUGUUCACAGAAUAAUGAAGCCUGGUUUCCUAUGGAGCUGUGCUCCUUCCCUUUCUGCCUGCUUGCUGUGAGUCCCAGACUGUUAGUCUGGAGCUAGCUCAGAGUGCCCAGCUGCUGGUUGGAUGUGUGCUGAUGGGCCAGCUUGCAGCCACCACCAAGUUCAUGCUGCAACAUUUUUUCCUCUCAGCAGAAGUGCAAUUGGCAACUCAUCAUUCAUACUUCUUUCUUUUUUUUUUUUUUCCCCUACCUUAAAGCUUUUGAGAACCCUCACAAGGGCUCACCUUUUUUUCUAUUGGACAGUUUUUAACUCAGCAUGCCUACAGUUUGGAAGAAACUGAUGGGCCAACACAGUGACUGGAUAAACUUUGCUUCUUUAGGAAAUUGAUUAAAAAUAGGAAAAAGAAAUUAGCUUUUUAUCUUUUUGUUUGUUUUGUUUUGUUUUGGGCACUUACCUUAGACAAAUGGGAAGAAAAAGUCAUGGGGUAACUUGGCAUUAAUGGUGGGCCAAGCUUUAUAGCCUGGUUCUGCAGGUGAAGAAAUAUCAGUGAAAACAACAGAACUUGUUAUAGGAAUAGUCCUUUCUCUUCCCAGAGGAAGCUGCAAUGAAAAUACAAAUGGGCAUUAGCCUCACUCUUCUUGGAUGACUGCUUUGUUUAAACUGGAUUCUGUUUUUCACUGUUAUUUGUAAUAAGAUUUUUCCAUGUAUAGUUCCACGCUUCUUUUCAUGGCUGAUGUAUAAAUUUUACUGAAGUAUGCUUUGGCAAGCAGCCCACAGUCAUGUUUGAGUUGGAACAGAAACUGUUGGGUACAAUACAUUCUAAUAUAAAGUGUUAUCUUUAUCUAGAGAGAUUAACCAGGUCACUAUUGCACAGCUGAUACCUGAGCAAAACAAGCUAUUCUUUUUAUCUGAAACCCUGUAAUUUAAUUACAUACCUGCUUCAAUGUAGUAGUAGUGGUUGUUGCUGUAACGUUUACUAUUCUGGCUUGUGGAUUGACUAGGGAUCCAUAUUUAGUCCACUUCACUUCUAUUUCAAGUGCUACUGGUAUUUGGCAGGAGCUCUGAAAAGUGUUAGAAAUCCUCUCAUUGUCUGACUUGUACAGGAGUAACCACAUUACUUAUUCAUCUUAUUAGAUAAGCACAAUGCCCCCCAGAAAGCUCACUCCAGGUGGUUAGCAGAGCAGCUCAGCCGUGCCUGUGCCCUGGACUGCUGCCUGCACAGACAGCACAGCCUUGGCUUGGGAGUGUCCCUGAAGUUUCUCCAUAGGUGACAAACUGACCUCGUAAGGGCACUUCAGGCAGGGCUGUUCUACCUGAGCAGUGCAAGACUUUAGCUCUUAAUGACAGUGCUGAGCUGGCUCUUUUCAGCAAGAAGGCUUUUCUAAUAGUGAUGACGUUUUGGUAAUGCUGUUGGGACAGUAGAAAACCCUUAACUUCGCCAGGGCAGAGUUUUGAAGUGUACAGCCUUAAAUAUUUCUAGAUUAUUUCUUUUUUAACUCUCGUGUUUCUGUUUAUAGAAAUCAUUCACUGUUUAGCUGCAGAAAAGAUGCAAAAAAAAAAAACCUCUAUAGAAGCUGUAAUUGAGGAUGUACUGUCAUUCAACCCACUCAAAGCAGCACAAAUGCUCUCUUUAUAGCAAGAGGGAAAUAUUCCUUGUUUCUGAAUAAUCCAGGGGAACUGUCCUCCAAUUUUUUUUCCUGUACUUUUUUUCCUGUAGGUCUGAGAAACCUAAGCUGAGAACAGGUUCAGAUCCCAGAGUAGGAGAUAGAAAGAGUGAUAGUGGGGGGGGGAAAGUAAUCUUCACCUGUUCUGAGGUGCGAAGGUGAGUUAUUGGCACCCAGUCAAGCACAUCCUGGGCUUGAGAAUUUCCAAAUGGGGCCACGUACUCAGGAAAGCUUUGUCCCAUCAGUAAAUCUAGGAGGACCUGAGCCAAGGGCUGGCAAUUCAUAGCUGCUGUAAUUCUUCCGGGAAGGUGGGGGGGAAGAAAAAAAAAAAAGUUAAAGCAAAAUCCAUUGGUUUGGCACAGAAGCAAUUUCUCCUUGCUGUCAUGCACUGUUCAAGCCUUCCGGCUAAAGUUGCUAAUGUGCACAGUCUCUCCAAGAGAAAGACCAUUGUUAAUUAAAUGAUAUUUCUUAUAAUUAAAUACUCUAUUCCCAAUACUCUUACAGCGGUAUGAACGUCCCAGGAUGUGAACAGAUCCUAAUGGAAAGGGUUAUCAUGGGGCUAUAAAAGCACUGAAUUAAAAAAAUCCUCUUACCGUAACUUACAGCCUGAUAUCAUGUUGUAACCAAAUAACACUGGGGUUCUGGCUUCCUGUGCUGUGAGACAAUCCUGGUGGGCUGUACUUUGCAGAAUGGUAAGCUGACCAUAUUUGUUAGUAUUCUGAAUGAUGCCUGAUGUAACACACAGUUAAAGGGAAAUUCAGUACUUGUGGAUUACAAAGAAAGAAUCUGUAGUGAGAUCCUUAAGAUUCAUCUAAAAAUGCUGUACUAAGCCAAGGCUUAAACCAUGAAGAAGCACUAGAGCAUGCAAUGAAGAUCUGAAUCUACCUCGCUGAACAGUUCCAGGAGAUUGCAGUGAGGACUGAAACAUUGGUCACUUCUAAAAUGUAGCCAAAAAGCACACAUUUACUUUCAGUAAAGAACAGAUGAAAUAUAUAGGGUGUCCAUGACAGAAAGUCGCUGUGAAGUUGGUCCAGAAACAGUACUGAAAGCAGAAUUACAAUGGGGAAAGGAUAUCCUUGUGGCUUGAAGCCCGCUCUUACAGCCAGUCCAACAACAUAACCAGGAUUACCACUGAAAGGAACUGGAUUUGUAUUUACCUGCAACACAAAUUUACAGUAUUACUUCUUAUCUUGUACUGAAAUAUUUGGAAAACGCUGAAAUGUUUCAGUGUUUUUCUGGUUGUUAACUGCCUUGAACAGUAGUAAAGUUUCUCUGUAAGAUUAGAGCAGUUCUCUGAUGCUGGGACAGGCUUUGCUUUUGCUGGAUACACUCGUACAGAGCAACAAGAUGAGUCUUCUAAACAUCAAAAAAGACUUUGGAGGCCCUUAAUGCCCAGUUCUGAAAUGCUGCCUUAUCUGCGUAGCCAGGACAAGUUACAUUUUACCUUGCUGCUAACAAUUGUUCUGAUUCAAGUUUAAUAAGUUUUGUAAUUAAAUGUCUUUCAACAAGCCAUCCAUAACACCUCUAGCAGUUACCUGAGUAAAGCUGAUUUCAAAGCUCUGUUGUACUGAAAGUGCUUCUUUGUUAACUGCUCCCAAGACAAAAGAAGCAGCUGCUUCUAUUAUUUCUCCUGUGUCUGUGUAUGUAAUAUGAUAACUCACCUGAAAAUGAAACAUUUUAGAUAUUAAUUAGAACAAGUAGAUAAGAGUAUGGAACUAAAAUAAAGGAAUUUAAAACUAUGUAAGUAUUGUUUUCCUUCUUCCUUGCUUAAGAAACACUCAGCUACGUUGUAGAGAAGUACUGUAUCCUCAGUUGCAGUAAGGAUGGGCCCAGAAAACAGAAGAAACUGAACAGGAGCUUCAGCCUCAAAAUUAAGCAGUAUUUUCAAUGCUUGUUGUUUAUUCUCUUUUGCCCAUUGCUUCUGACCACACAAGAGAGGGACUUUUAAGCCCACUAAAAAAGUUAUAAUUUGAUGUGACAGAUAAAACCAUAACAUUUGCAAAGAAGUCAGUAGCCAUGUCAGCAUAUUUAGGUGUAAAGGACGUGACUGUUACCAAAUCAAGCCACUGAAUAGCAAUGUUCAGAAACAGAUCUAGGUUUGGAGACCCUCUUCAAAGCUGGCUUCUUGAUAAACUUCUAGGUGUAAUUCUAAUGUUCAUCUACUUAGGAUAAAGAGGUAAUUUGCACUGUAUAUUCCUCUGUCUCUGCUACCACUGUGCCUUAAGUCAUAUUCUCCCAAGGAUAACGUGGAUUCUAAACUCAUUUAUUGUCCAUUAUGUCAUACAUGUAGAGCAAUAAUAAAAAAGAUUUCAUCUUGACUGCA